UGGGCCGGGCGCCGGCGGGGUGGAGACUGGCCCAGCUGCACCACCUCCACCGCCCGCACCGCCUCUGCCGCUCUAGCCACCUUCUCCUCCCCUCAGGCAUCGGGCCCUCUUACACCAGCUUCUUCCUGGCCCCUAGUCUCUGCGUCCCCGCGUCUCCGCGUCUCCGUGUCUCUGCGUCUCCCGUCUCAGCGUCCAGCUCCCGCAAGAUGACGCUCAAGGCAAGCAAGGGCGAAGGCGGGAGCAGCAUGCAUACAGCGCUCUCCGACCUCUACCUGGAGCACUUGCUGCAGAAGCGCAGCCGGCCCGAGGCUGUGUCACACCAGUUGAACGCCGUGACUGAGGACAUGUAUACCAAUGGGUCUGCUGCCCCAGGUAGCCCUACCCAGGCCAAGGGGCAGGAGGUGCGGAAGGUGCGACUCAUACAGUUUGAGAAAGUCACAGAGGAGCCUAUGGGAAUCACUCUGAAGCUGAAUGAAAAGCAGUCUUGUACGGUGGCAAGAAUCCUUCAUGGUGGCAUGAUUCAUAGACAAGGCUUCCUUCAUGUCGGGGAUGAGAUCCUAGAGAUCAAUGGCACAAAUGUGACUAAUCACUCAGUAGAUCAGCUGCAGAAAGCAAUGAAAGAAACCAAAGGAAUGAUCUCUUUAAAAGUUAUUCCCAACCAACAAAACCGUCUUCCUGCACUACAGAUGUUCAUGAGAGCACAGUUUGACUAUGAUCCAAAAAAAGACAAUCUGAUUCCUUGCAAGGAAGCAGGACUGAAGUUUGUUACUGGGGACAUUAUCCAGAUCAUCAACAAGGAUGACAGUAACUGGUGGCAAGGGCGGGUGGAAGGCUCCUCCAAGGAAUCAGCAGGAUUGAUUCCUUCUCCUGAGCUGCAGGAAUGGAGGGUGGCAAGUGUGGCUCAGUCUGCUCCAAGUGAAGCCCCAAGCUGCAGUCCCUUCGGGAAGAAGAAGAAGUACAAAGACAAGUACCUGGCCAAGCACAGUUCAAUUUUUGACCAGUUGGAUGUUGUUUCCUAUGAGGAAGUCGUUCGCCUCCCUGCAUUCAAAAGGAAGACCCUGGUGCUGAUCGGAGCCGGUGGGGUGGGUCGCAGCCACAUUAAGAAUGCCCUGCUCAGCCAGGACCCGGAGAAGUUUGAGUACCCUGCCCCGUAUACAACACGGCUGCCCAAGAAGAAUGAAGAAGAUGGGAAGGAGUACCACUUCAUCUCCACAGAAGAGAUGACAAGGAGCAUCUCUGCUAAUGAGUUCUUGGAGUUUGGCAGCUACCAGGGCAACAUGUUUGGCACCAAAUUUGAAACAGUGCACCAGAUUCAUAAGCAGGACAAGAUUGCCAUCCUGGACAUCGAGCCCCAGACUCUAAAGAUUGUUCGGACAGCAGAACUUUCACCUUUCAUUGUGUUUAUCGCACCUACUGACCAGGGUACUCAGACGGAAGCCCUGCAGCAGCUGCAGAAGGACUCGGACGCCAUCCGUAGCCAGUACGCUCACUACUUUGACCUCUCAUUGGUCAAUAAUGGCGUUGAUGAAACCCUUAAGAAAUUGCAAGAAGCCUUUGACCAGGCGUGCAGUUCUCCACAGUGGGUGCCUGUCUCCUGGGUUUACUAAGCUUGCAGAAUGCAGCGGGGAGGAACUACUGUAUGUCCUCCCCAGUAUUUGGAACUCUAUUCCCCUUGCUUUAAGACAAACAGGGGCCCUCCAGCUAAUUUGUGUCAGCUUCCAGCUCUAUGCAACUAUCCUAAUUAAGCAGUGGGUGUCGGUCUUGUUCAAGGUGCUGAACCGUCUGGGCUCUAGUUUUCCUGAUUUGAAAGCUCUGGCGAUUGGGGUCCAGAAGCACUAUCCAAAUGCAAAUACUAAUCAAAAAUGGCGUAUACAGGGAGGAAAAGCACUGGACCCCGUCUCUCUAUGGCCUACACUCCUUCACCUUGAAUCACACUGGGCACUCCAUUUGUCUUUACUUUGAAAACUUUUUUUACUGCAACUUUCUAAAAUGGCAAAAUCAAACAGCUGUGCAAUAGAAUGAUGUCUGCUCUAGGAAAACCCUUAAAAGCAAUAAAAAUGUUACUGUGUUAAAAUGC